CUGGGCCAACCGCAUUGUCCUGAUCUCUGAAAAAUGACCAAUCCAAAUCCAAAACAUAGGUUCGACAGGGACUCUUUGCCUUAGCAAGGAUGAAUCCGCCGAACCAUCUCGUCAUUGUCUGUGGUCACGGUAUCUGGCUGGGAGGGCCAAAAAACGGCUGGGACGAGUCUGAAUGGCUGAUUGAAAGCUACAAGUCCGGCGAAACCCCGACAUUCAUUGAGCACAUUCGUGCUGGCAUAAAGACUUUGGCCGAGGAUCAAGAUGCUGUCUUGGUGUUUUCAGGUGGCCCAACACGCGACGAAACCCCAGUCUCUGAAGCCGCCAGCUAUGCGAAUCUUGCUGCCGCCAACGCAUAUUUCAGCUUACUGCCUCCUGAUUCCCCAGAUCCUGUCUCCUCAUCCCGCGUGCUGCUGGAAGAGCGCGCUCUAGAUUCCUACUACAACAUCCUCUUUUCCAUCAUGCUCUUCUGGCGUGUCCACCACGUCUGGCCCAAGCACAUCACGCUGGUCAGCCACGCCUUCAAACGCGCCCGCCUUGUUGACGCCCACUGCGCGGCGAUCGCCUUCCCGCUCGACCGCGUGAGAUUUGUGGGCAUAGACCCGCCCGGGAUCGGCUCGUCCGGGAACCCCUCAAAAGAAGGUGGCGGCUUCGCGCUGAGCGGCCAGGUGACCGGCGAGAAGGCCGAGGCGAUGCGCGGUGUCAGCGAGGCCGUCGACCACUGGACCGAGGACCCGCAUGGGGUGGGCGAGGUUCUGGCCGGGAAGAGGAGGAAGAGGAAUCCGUGGAAGGUGGACCAGAGGCUGUUCCUGAGCGACGACGAGAGGUCGCGAAGCAAGGUCAAGACAAGGCUGCUUGAUGGCGGGGGAGAGGCGCUAGCUGAAGGCGGAACUAUGCCCUGGGCGGGAAAUGCUGUUGUUUAACUGUCUUCUGCUCCUUCCCAGAACUAUAUCUUUGACAUGGCUUGGUCCCCCUCGCUGUUCGUAUCAUGUGCGGAAUUGGGCCCGUCCGCAUCGGACACAGCAUCAAGCACAAAUUGUACGGCAUCCUUGACCAUGUCUGCGCUGAACACAUGGCCGACCGCAG